AUGGAGAGAAAAUCAACCCGAAAUGCGCCGAACCCACCUGGUAAAGGAUCAUCGGCGAGUUUGCAAAAGCAGCUGGUGGAGAGCCGGCGGCCGAAAACCGAAAACGUUCCCGACCUGACAGAUUUCAUGAAUGAUAUGUUCUUCGGGGUGGCGCCGGGAGAUAAGAAGGUGUAUAAUUUGACCGGAGAUGAUCGUGAUCGGGACGACAGCGAUAGAGACAGCUUCGAUUCGAGUCGGAGAAGUGUUAGUAGCAGAUCAACACAGGAAUGGCUUGAGGAAGCUAAGAGAAUGGUUGCUCAAUCUCCAACCCGAAACGAAUCGCCUUCCAGACUUGUUGGCUCCCCACGUUUUGCAACUGUUCAACAACAAUCAACUAAUGGUAAAAUUGAUAAGAGAAAUCCACUCUCUAGAUCAGCUAGAAGGCAUAGACAACCGGAGGGAUUUGGAGGGGAAAUUCUCUCGAAAUCAGCUCAACACAAUCGGAAUAAAUCACAAUCGAAUGCAUUGUCUCCUGAAGAGGAGGAAUCCUCUGGAUCAGCAGUCCAUAAAUGGUUCUCCAACAUCCUCAAACCACAUCAUCAUCACAAUAAUUCAAAUCUCCCGCCAGAAACUUCAUCACCGCCCAAUCCAAUCAACAACAACAAUCAUCUCCUCGGAUCUCCACCUCUGCCGCCAAGCCGGCAAAUGACGCCUCGAAAAUCGAGAUUCCUCAAUUCUGCAAAUUCACCACAGUCAAACCUGAUCCCGCCAUUUAUUCCUCACACAAACGAACCCUUCCAGAAACGAACUUUCAAAACUCCCGCCAAUUUAAACGCAACGGCUACUAACUCACACUCAAUUUUGGACAAUCGAUUGCUUUCCCCGCCAAAACAUCUAAAUGAAUCGGCUCACAGGAGAUCCAUUUCAGCUUCCACUUGCUCGGUGCCGGACUCCUCUGCCAUGUCCUUAUCCCCGCCGAGGAAUUUGUCGCAGUCGACACAUAGAAAUUCGAUUUCAGGACCCCAUGAUCUGCCUGCGCGGAAUUUGUUCGAGUCACAUAGAAGAUCAACAUCAAGCUCUGCCACCCAUAAUCAGGAUAGAAACAGAACAGUCCUGCCUCGGGAUAACUUCAUCGCGCAUUACCAUUCCGAAGAAUCAAAGAAUUCAAAGCUGAAUGGAUUUCUGAAAGACCAGAGGAACAAAGUGGAGGAAAUCAUGAGUGGAGAGAGUAAUAAGAAAGCCAAGAUUAUUCUCUCUGGAUCUUCAAACAGUACAAGUUCAAUGGUGGCAGCAAUAAGUUAUGCUUGGCUGUUGGAAUAUAGAAUGAGGGCUAAUAAUAUGGAGGAAAGAGAUCAGGAAGGAGUUGAUGGAGAAAUUGUGGUGCCUGUAAUUAACAUGAGGAGAGGGAAAAUGUGGAAACAAAAACAAGCUGCUUGGCUUUUUCAUCAUGUUGGCAUUGAUGCUUCUGCAUUGCUUUUCUCUGAUGAGGUUGAUUUGGAAACAUUGAUGAUGAGCCGGAAGUUGAGCAUCCUUAUAGUUGGACAAGACAUCCUCAAAACAAAUGGCGAGGUAGGAUCUGUCUGCACUAUUCUUACAGACAACUACUGUGAGGAUGCAUAUGAUCUUCUCGAAACCCCCAUGUUGAAGAAACUCCUGCUUGCAGGUAUUCUAUUAGACACGCAGAACCUGAAUGUGUCUAUGAAGUUGUGUACAACCAGGGAUUCAGAGGCUACUCAGCUGUUUCUAGUUGGCUCAUCUCCGACUUACAGAAACAGUCUUUUCGAAAAAUUGAUGCAAGAUCAGAGGGAUGGUGCUUUUUCAGAAGUUUUAGAGAAAAACUAUGGCAGGCCUUCCAGUGAAAGAAACAGCAGCAAGGAGCCAUCACCCGAACAGCAGGUUUCCGAUAAAAUCUUUGAUCAUGGAGUGGUUGUUCCAAAUGUAGAUAAAAUUCCAAAGGAAGUGAAAAGAACUAAUGCUGACACAAAUACACUAAAACAAGGUAAACCUACACCACCACCUGCAAAACCUCCUACACCAGCUAAAGCAGCUGCGGAUGCCAGCCGUGGAAAGAAUGGUUUCUUUUUGGCAAAAUGGUUUGGUUUCGGAUCCAAAUGA